UAAGUUCGUAUCUCCACAGCACCUUAUCGCGUCAAUUAUGAUGCUCGUAACUGGGAACUUCUUUCGGAGACACUGCUCAGCGACAAGUACGAUGAGAUCCCAGUACUGGGCAGAGUGCAACUGAUAUCGGACGCCUUCGCUCUGGCGGCCACCAACAGACUCAACUAUUCCACUACACUGAUUCUUGCAAGCUACCUCCAGAGAGAGAGGGAGUACCUGCCUCUGUCGACAGCGCUGAGAGGGUUGGCCAAGAUUGAGAACCUCUUGAAGCGCAGCGGAGACUACAGCGCCUUCCAGAGCUACAUCAGGCAUCUGGUGCAGAACUCGUAUCGAAGGGCUGGAGGCCUCUCCGUCAAGCGUAUCGUUAAUGGCGACGAUCUGAACAGCGUAAAACUGCAGGUGUUGACCAGCGGCUGGGCCUGUCGCGCGCUGAUACCGGGCUGCGAGGAAAACGCCAUGGAGCUGUUCCAAAUGUGGAUGAACACUUCCAAUCCGGAUGAAAAUAAUCCGAUCCCGCUGGACCUGCGGCGCACGGUGUGGUGCGCGGGCGCGGCGCGCGGCGGCGAGCGCGAGUGGCGCUUCCUCACGCUGCGGCUGCAGGCCGCGCGCGUUGCCGCCGCCCGCGACGCCAUGCUCGCCGCCAUGGCCUGCACCAGGCAGGUCUGGCUGCUCAACCAGUUCCUCGAAUGGGCGGUGUCGGAGAACUCCCCGGUGCGCAAGCAGGACGCGGCCGCCGUGGUCGGUAACGUGGCCCGCACGCCGGUCGGCUACUACGUCGCGCGGGAGUUCUUCUACAACCGAAUCGACGAUCUGUUUAAGACUUUCAACGGUCAGAGCCGCCGUUUCGGCUAUAUCAUCAAGACUCUGCUGGACCAGUUCACGACUCAGAGAGAAUUGGACGAGUUUCUCAUUUUCCACGACAAGAACCCUAAAUAUUUCGAGGAGACGAAGCUGGCCGUCGUUCAGGCGAUUGAGAAAGCCAAAGUGAACAUCGACUGGGUCGACCAAAACAAAGAUUUAGUUGUACGGGAAAUGCGGAAAGCGGUUAUGUACAUGAAUAACAAUACUCAUCCCGAACCGGCUUUGACUUCCAAACAACGGCGAGGGCACCCCAAGUACAUAAGCUCUUUAUUCGCAAUUCACAAUAUAUCCAGCAUUAGGUUAAAGCCUUUUAGAUUUUAUUUUGGAAAAUAAUAUGAUUGUAACAUCUACCUAUAUUUUGUAAAAUAAUAAUUUUGUUUAAUUUUAUUUAUAGUAUUAUUUAACUUAAUUAUUAAUCUCCCGGAAUGCUGUAAACAUUUAUUUAUCGUUAACAUAAAUGACUAGUCGCUCCAUGUUUUUUUUUAAAUUAUUAACAACAAAGUUUUUCCUCCACACUUUUAUGUAUUGUUCGGUUUUUUCUUUCCUGUCAGUUGUAUAUUCUAUGAUUUCAGUGUUGAUUGCAUAUUUUGUAACAUAUCAAAUAAUGUUGAAUAAAUGAAAAGUAUUCUUUA